GUAAAAUCAGUCUUAAAGAAUAUUGUGAGCCGACUACACGAUUUAAGCUGCGUUACCAUGAAGAAUUAUUUACUCUCUGUUUUAUUAUAUUCAGCAAUCUUUUGUGUUGUCCUUACAAGUGAAAAUUAUGUUUGUCCAAAAAUAAAAUCUAAACAACAAUGGGAAGGUGUUACAGCUAAAAAAGUUUCAAAUCAAACUGCACCCAUUCCACUUGUGAUAAUUCACCACACUGUAUCGAAUGCGUGUGAAUCCUUUAUAGAAUGUGUACCUAUCUUACAAAAUAUUCAAAGCUAUCAUAUUUUGAAAAAAGGUUUCAAUGACAUUGGAUACAACUUCCUGAUUGGAAAUGAUGGCCUAAUUUAUGAGGGAUGUGGAUGGAAUAUAGUAGGAAACCAUACUCGAGGUUAUAAUCUAAAUUCUUUAGGCGUAGCAUUUAUUGGAAAUUUUACAAGUCACCUUCCUUCACCAAAUGCAUUUAAUUCAUUAAAAAAUCUUCUACGAUGUGGUGUUAACUUAGGUGAGCUAAGUCCAAACUAUAAAAUACUAGCUGCUCGCCAAGUUUCAAAUACAAUAAGCCCUGGCCUACCAAUAUUUGGAGAAAUUCAAGAAUGGGACAAUUGGUUACAGGGUACAUACUUUGAAAAGUAUGCAAUUUCAAAUUGAUAAAAUGAGAGUAAAUUGUAAACAUAAAUUAAAUAAAAAAUAAAUA